UUUUAUCUGAGUCGAAGCUUUGAUUCCUCUUUAAUCAAGAGCUCGAACGUUAGAUCGCAGUUUACACUGACCAGAUCAAAAGAAUCAUAGAUUUCUCUUCAAGUUGGGAAGGUUCGAGAAAAGUUUUCAAGCGGACGGAUUGAUUUUUCCGACGCAAAAUUGUAAUUCGGAAAAAAAGUUUUUAGAGACGACAAAUAUUUUUGUUGAAUACACCUGUUAUGAGUGAACUUCCGAAAAAGAUGAGUCUCCAAACAUUUUCAAUUUUCAUAGUAUUUUUCCUCGUAAAACUCGAGUUUUCCUUGUCGACGAAACAUGGUAUAGUAGAAAUCACUGCGAGUAAUUAUCAACGUGUAGUGAUUGACGGAGACAAAGAUGCCUGGAUUGUCGCUGUGAAAGGUGCUGGGAAAGUUUCAAUGGACGAAUGGAGGAAAACUGAGCUUGAUAUGCGUGGCUUGUCUGUGCGAGUCGGAAUAAUUGAUCCAGACACUGAUGGUGCAUUUUUGAAGAGGAAGGGUUUCCUCCAGAGAGACAAAAAAUAUUCAGUGGCUCGUGUUUUUCCUUACGGUGGUUACAAAAUAAAAUCAGCGGGAAAAAAAGAUGUGAAAUCUCGAUUAGAAGCCGAAACUGAGGUGCUAGAAAGUCUUCCAGAUGAAACAACCAAAGUUUCAACAAUGGAAGAACUACAGCACUGUGUGAGAAGAGGAUACGCAGCCAAACCCCUCAAAAUGCCAGUUUUGCUACUAACAGACAAAAGUAUCACAUCGCCUGUUUUUCGUGCUAUUGCCCUCAAAUAUUCCAAAUAUUUCAACUUUGUUGUCCUUCACAAGCCGAGUCAAGAGGUGUUGCACAAUUUCCAACUAAGACAGACUCCAGCAAUCCUGGUCAUGAUUGCAACACAAAGUGAAGACAAGCAAAUCAUUAGAUUUAGCUCAGUGAUUUACGACCCCAAGGAAUAUGGUGGAAUAUCUUACCUUAAUUUGACAAGAUUUUUCUUCUCUGUCCAUGAGAAGCAUUGGCUAGACCACCCAGACGCGAAGAAAUACAAAGGAAAAGUUGGCUUGAGAGAGUUCUUCAUUGAAGACGUGAAGAACACACUGGGGGGAGAGUUUGAGAGUGACAGACCAGAAGAUGAGAGUAAAGUGGCCAAAGAAAUUACGUUCGAGAAUCAAAACAGAAUGUGUGCAGAUUCUAAUAGGGGCUUAUGUCUCAUCUACUUUGUGGAUGGCAAGGACAAGAAAGGGGUCAGAAAGGCUUUGAAGUUUUUUAAAGAUCUACGGAAAAUGUCAAACGUCAGAGGUAAACCUGUACUCUAUCUCUGGAUUAACGGAUCUUGCCAUCCUGAAUAUGGUGAAAUUUUUGGAAUCUCUCCGCACAACCUUCCGAUGUUGCUGUUUGCAAAACCAAUGCAGCGUUUGUUUAAGACUCUGAGUGGACGCUUUACAAAGGAAAAAAUCAGUGAUAUUAUAUGGAAUAUAUUUCUGGACCGUGAGGCGUUGUCGCCUUUUUCACGGUUUAACGAAAUUCUCCCCGUUGACUGCCAGAAAGGGGCGCCUUCGAAGCGAAUUAAGAGAGAGGAAAACCAGGAUAAGAAUAUGAAAAGAAAGGAGAAGAAAAAGAGCGAAAAGAAAGCUUCAGGGAAGGCAAAGGAUACAAAGGCGAGGAAGACCACGAGAGUAGACGAACUCUGA